AUGGAUUUUACAGUACAAAAGAAGUCAAAUAUUAUAUCUCAAAUAGAAAAAAAUUUUUUCAAGCAAAAUAUUCCGAAUAUUAAUGUGGGAGAUAGUGUUAAAAUAGGUUUAAUAAUACAAGAAGGAAACAAAGAAAGAACACAAAUAUCUGAUGGAGUUAUAAUAUCAAAAAAUAAUGCUCAUCUUAAUACCACUAUUACUGUUCGAAAAGUAUUGCAAAAUAUAGGUGUAGAAAAAGUAUAUUUAAUACAUUCACCAAGAAUUAUAAGUAUUGAAGUCACAAGAAAAUCAAAAGUUCGUAGAGCAAAAUUAUAUUAUUUAAGACAAAGAUCUGGUAAAGCUACACGCUUAAAACAAAAAUUUAUUUAA